UCAAGUAAAACAUAAUCUUCGAAAUAUGGUCAUUAGUGAGGAAUGGAUGUCAUAUAGAGAAGAUGAUGUAGGAAAAGCUCAAACUGUGAGGGAUUAUGUUUUGAAUGAUUUGUGGUGGGACAAGGUUGCAUAUAUUCUAAGAUUCACAGGACCUAUUUAUGAGAUUCUUCAAGUGGCUGACACGGAUGCACCUAUUCUCCAUAAGCUGUAUGAAAUGUGGGAUUCCAUGAUAGAAAAUGUGAAGAAAGAAAUAUACGAGCAUGAAGACAAGGAAGACUAUGAGGAGUCUCCAUUCUAUGAUGUGGUACUCAAUAUACUCAUUGAACGGUGGACUAAAAAUUGCACACCACUUCAUUGCCUAGCCCAAUCCUUGAAUCCGAAGUAUUAUACUAAUCAAUGGAUUGAGGAAGUCAGAGGCCGUGUUGCGCCACAUAAGGAUGCUAAAAUUGCAGCGGAGAGAAACAAGUGCCUUAAAAGGAUCUUCCCUGAUCUUGAUGAUAGGAAGAAUGUUAAUAUGGAGUUUCGUUUGUUUUAAGAAAUUAAGGCUUAUGAUGAUGAUAACAUGGAGGAUAGAUGGACCUACGAUCCAAUGCUUUGGUGGUCAACUUAUGGGUCCAGUUUACCAGUGCUUCAAACUUUAGCUCUAAAGCUUCUUGGACAGCCUUGCUCAUCAUCAUAUGCUGAGAGGAAUUGGAGUACAUAUGGCUUCAUCCAUUGUAUGAGGAGAAAUAGAAUUACUCCUAAAUGUGCUGAAGAUUUAGUGUUUGUUCAUUCUAAUCUUUGACUUCUUUCAAGGAGGAGGCCGGAGUACACUACAGGAGAAUCUAAGAAGUGGGACAUUGGUGGAGAUAAUUGGGAUGAACCAUUUGGAGGACCUAGGUUGCUUGAGAUUGCUUAUCUCAGACUAGAUGAGCCAGAGAUGGAGAUAAGUAUAGUUGAGAAUGAUGACUAUGUUGAUGACGAUGAUGUUGUUGUUCUGUGAUAAUCCUGAAAGUUUAAAACUUGUUAUCCUUUUAUGUUUUUAGUUUGAUGUUGAACUUGUUAUCCUUUUAUGGUUUGUACUCUAAACAUUUUAUUUGUAUUAUUGUACUACUUUGGGUGUUAGUUUACUUAUUUGUAGUUCUUACAUAA